UUUUAUUUAUAUUUUCCUCCUUUAAAUUGUUCUAGCCUUGUAGUGGGGUAUAUAGUAUUUAAAAAGGAGAGAGAGAGAGAGAGAACAAGUUGGAACAAAAAUGUCACUGGAUUCGGCAUCUGAACGUGUUUGUUAUGUUCACUGCAACUUCUGCAGCACCAUUUUAGCGGUUAGUGUUCCAUACAACAGUUUGUUCAAAAUUGUGACUGUUCGAUGUGGGCAUUGUGCCAAUCUGCUGUCUGUAAAUAUGGGAACUUCACUUCAAACAGUUCCUAUUCAAAAUGCUCAGUUGCAGAAACAGCAGACCAUAAACAUUGAUGAAGAUCAUCCAAAUAAGGACCAUGGAUCUUCUUCAAAGUGCAGCAAGCAGUUUUCUGCAUUUGAGUCAGCAGAACAAGAAGCACAAAGAAUGCCUCCUAUUCGCCCCCCUGAGAAGAGACAACGUGUUCCUUCUGCGUAUAACAGGUUCAUUAAGGAGGAAAUCCAAAGGAUUAAGGCUAGUAACCCAGAUAUCAGCCAUAGGGAAGCUUUCAGCACUGCAGCAAAAAAUUGGGCACAUUUUCCACACAUUCACUUUGGGCUAAACAAUCAAGCAAAAGUGGAGCAGUCAUUUGCAGAUCAGGCUGCUCAAAAGUCUAACCGUUACUACUGAACACACAAUGCCAACUUUACCAGUAGAAGCCGGUCGUCUUCUUCAUCAAUAAUAUUAUAUACAUAAAUACAUAUAUAAUAUGUGUUUUAAUUACAAAAAGGAAUUGAGAUUUGGAUGAAGCUCUCCUAAACUAUAUUGCUAGGAAAGGCCUAACCUUGCUAUUGUUUGU